ACUGUAUAAAACAAGGUGAUGGACAGAGAAGCAGCAUCACAAGCUGAAGAAAUGUCAAAAAGCCAGGCAACACUGACUCAGAACCCUCUGGAGAAGACCUGGGUGCCAUGGAUGAAAAGCAGACUGAACAAACGCAGAGGCUCUUCAGUGCCCCAGUUCACCAAUUCCCCAACUCUGAUAGUGAUGGUGGGGCUGCCUGCACGCGGAAAAACGUACAUCUCCAAGAAGCUCACCAGAUACUUGAACUGGAUUGGUGUUUCGACUAAAGCUUUCAAUGUUGGAGAAUACAGAAGAGAGGCUACGUGCUCCUACAACAGCUAUGAAUUCUUUAGCCCUGACAACACAGAGGCAAUGGAGAUACGCAAGACAUGUGUUGCUGCUGCUUUAAAAGAUGUGUUUACCUAUCUCACAAGGUACCAGGGUCAGGUUGCGGUGUUUGAUGCCACCAACACCACUCCAGAGCGCAGACAGGUCAUCCUCAGCUUUGCCAAGGACAACGGUUACAAGGUUUUCUUUGUGGAGUCGAUCUGUGAUGAUCCAGAAAUUAUUGCUGAAAAUAUUAAACAAGUAAAGCUGACAAGUCCAGAUUACACUGACUGUGACAAAGAGGAGGCUUUAGUUGACUUUCUAAAGAGGAUUGAAUGCUAUCAGCAGACCUACAUUCCCCUAGAUGACGACACAGACAGGAACUUGUCGUACAUCAAAAUCUUCAAUGUGGGCAGCAGAUACCUGGUGAACAAGGUCCAGGACCACAUCCAAAGCAGGAUUGUGUACUAUCUCAUGAACAUCCACGUCACCCCCAGAUCUAUCUACCUGUGUCGUCACGGGGAAAGUGAACUCAACCUCUUAGGCCGCAUUGGAGGAGACCCCGGGCUUUCCCAUCGCGGGACGAAGUUUGCCACUGCUCUGGGUGACUACAUGCGUGACCAAAGCAUCAGCGACCUUAAGGUGUGGACAAGCCACAUGAAGAGGACCAUCCAGACGGCAGAGUUUCUGGGAGUGCAGUAUGAACAGUGGAAGGCCCUGAAUGAAAUAGAUGCUGGGGUUUGUGAGGAGAUGACGUAUGAGGAGAUUCAAGAGCAUUUCCCUGAGGAGUUCGCCCUGAGGGACCAAGACAAAUAUCGAUACCGCUAUCCUAAAGGAGAGUCGUACGAGGACCUCGUCCACCGCCUGGAGCCAGUCAUCAUGGAGCUGGAAAGGCAGGAAAAUGUUUUGGUCAUCUGUCAUCAAGCGGUGAUGAGAUGUCUGCUGGCAUACUUCCUGAACAAAAGUGAUGAUGAGCUGCCAUACCUGAAGUGUCCUCUCCACACGGUGCUAAAGCUGACCCCCAUCGCCUACGGGUGCAAAGUGGAAUCGGUCUUCCUCAACAUUGAAGCUGUCAACACUCACAGGGACCGGCCAGAGAAUGUGGACGUGGACAGAGACCCAGAGGAGGCCCUGGAGACGGUUCCAGACCACAUGUAGAGGACGCAGCUCUGCCACUCUGCUUCCCAGGAGUUUUACAUUCAAGCCGUUUCCUUUCAUCUUAAUGCUGUCAGAAAUACUUACCCAGUGGAAUUUAACCAUUAUGGGCAUUUUAUGAUUUCUGCUGAGAAGUUCUUUUCUGGUCCUAAAAAUCGCAUCUUUUACUUCUCUACACAAAGAAAUUUGACCCUGAAGUUGGUCCAGUGGAGCUUCUGGGCUCCGGCUGCCAUCUCCACAGCACACAGACCUAAAUGCGAGGUGCUCCCAUUUUCAAAACUGGAUCCUUUCUUCCUCACAGGAAGACUCAAUAAGUACAAAUGCACAGGUUGUCUUCUGCAGAUUAGCAGACAGGAAGGCUGUUGCCGUUUGUACCAGUGACCAUGACAACCAUAUGUUGAGUGAUUUGUGGAGAGUCUGGAGUGGAACGCCAUCUUCACUGCAGCAUGUGACCAGGAGCAGCAGCCAGACCGAGCUGGGGAUCCAGUUUAUUGAAAUAAAGACACUUUACCCGCUAG